CGAUGGGCUAAAUCGUUUUUGAAAAAGAGAUUUAAAAAAAAAAAACGUUCCGGCAUUGGAGAGGGAUCGCUGCAGCUCUUCUCCGUCUGCCGCCAUGGGAGAAUCAGAAGCUCAUCCUUCUUCUCGCAUUUCUGUUCAUCAAUCCCUUGGUGGUGGCUCAGGUCCUUCUCCUCACCUUACAUUAUCGCCAGUUGCGGAUUUGUUGCUGUGGAGGAAACGACGCGGACCUGUGCUUCUGCUCGGAUCGUCGACGCUGUUGUGGUUCCUCUUCGAGAAAGCAGGAUAUAGUUUCUUGUCCUUUGUGGCUAAUGUUCAGCUUCUCUUCGUCGUAAUACUCUUCCUCUGGGCGAAAUCUGCUUCUCUUCUCGAUAGACCUAUGCCUCCACUUCCUAACCUGGAAAUCUCUGAGGCAUCUGCUCUCAAAGUUGCUGAUGCUCUACGGGUCUGGCUAAAUCGUGUGUUAUCAGUUGCUCGUGAUAUUGCAGUAGGCAGAAAUGUGAAGCGUCUCUUUCAGGUCAGCUUUGUCUUGUGGUCACUGUCCUUGCUUGGCAAUUUCUUCAACUUCCUCACGCUACUCUAUCUGGGUGUUAUACUUAGUCUGUCGAUCCCUGUAUUGUACGAGAAAUACCAGGACAACAUCGAUGAUAAGCUGUCUGUCACACAACGUGUUCUUCAAACACAGUGUAGAAGGAUUGACGAAAGUAUACUACAGAAGAUUGCAAGGCCAAUGACUAAGGAGAAGAAGAUGUGGUAGGCAAGUAAAUUUCGAUCCCUUUUCUCCCGUUUUUUAGCGAUGUGCCUUGUAAGUGACAUUUGCAUUGCUAUAAUAAGUGGCUGGACAAAGGUGGUUUUAUUUUUUACAAAGGAUUAGGAGUCUAUAGUGCAGACUUGUGGCAUAUCAAACAUGCUCGUUGUUAUGCCUUCUUUGAUAUUUAGGUUCCAUCUGUCUAAUAACAAGUACACUGUCUGAUAACAAGUACACGGAACUACUACGACCGAGUUGUGUUUGUGUCCUGGAAUGUACAAUCUCUGCAUACCUUCCA